UUCAUUCCACAAUUUCAUGAAUACUACUGUGUCAUGUUAGUCUGUCACCACACCACAUCCCACCUUCCUUGUUCCUUUCCAACUCUUUUCAUUUCAUUUAAAGCAAUCUCUCUCUCUCUCUCUCUCUCUCUCUCUCUCUCUCUCUCUCUCCAGGCACAGGAUACUACAAUCUUCAGGGAACAUGGGAGUUUGUUUAAGCGCUCAAAUCAAAGCUGAAACUCCUUAUAACACCGGGUUAAAUUCGAAGAAUUCGGCUUCACCUGGAAAUGAUCUGAGCAGCUCAAACAGUAAGGUUUCAGCUGCAUCAGUGCCUCAGACUCCUCGGAGCGAAGGUGAAAUCUUGAAUUCGUCGAAAUUAAAGAGCUAUACUUUAGCAGAACUUAAGUCAGCUACUAGAAAUUUUCGUCCGGAUAGUGUGUUGGGAGAAGGUGGUUUUGGAUCAGUUUUUAAGGGUUGGAUUGAUGAGAAUUCAUUGGCUGCUGCUAAACCUGGUACUGGAAUUGUUAUUGCUGUUAAAAGACUUAAUCUAGAAAGCUUCCAAGGUCACAAAGAGUGGUUGGCCGAAGUCAACUAUCUUGGACAAUUUUCUCAUCCUCAUCUGGUGAAAUUGAUUGGUUAUUGCCUCGAAGAUGAACACCGCCUUCUUGCCUAUGAGUUUAUGCCCCGUGGAAGCUUGGAGAAUCACUUGUUCAGGAGAGGAUCAUAUUUUCAGCCUCUUUCAUGGAGCUUGCGUGUGAAGGUUGCUCUUGACGCCGCCAAAGGGCUUGCAUUUCUGCACAGUGCUGAAAAUAAAGUGAUAUAUAGAGAUUUCAAGACUUCAAAUGUCUUGUUGGAUUCUGACUAUAAUGCAAAGCUUUCUGAUUUCGGGUUGGCAAAAGACGGUCCAACCGGUGACAAAAGUCAUGUCUCCACCAGGGUAAUGGGGACCUACGGAUAUGCAGCACCUGAAUAUCUAGCGACAGGUCAUCUUACCACUAAGAGUGAUGUCUAUAGUUUCGGAGUUGUCCUGCUUGAAAUGUUAUCCGGUAAGAGAGCGGUUGACAAGAAUAGACCGUCUGGACAACACAACUUGGUGGAAUGGGCUAAACCGUAUCUGGCAAACAAACGUAAGAUUUUCAGCGUGAUAGACAGUCGGCUCGAAGGGCAGUAUUCAGCAGACGAGUCCUUCAAGGUAGCCACCCUUGCUUUGCGAUGCCUCUCAACAGAAUCCAAGUACAGGCCCAACAUGGAUGAAGUUGUUACUAUCUUGGAGCAGCUGAAGGUUCCUAAUGUGAAUGCAGGAAAUCCUAAGCGUUAUCGGAGAAAAAGUGCCGAUGAUGUUAGCCAUGCAAAGAAUAACACAUCUAUUGCUAGUACGAAGAGUCACAAUGCUUAUCCGCGUAUCACAUUGUCUCCUCUCUAUACAUGAAACUGUAGGUUCACACAAUCUUCAAACUUCGAAGAAUCGAACUCCCUGUGGCACCUCUGUAGGUAAUAGAAUGUACAUAUCAUAUUUUAGCAGUUAAAACUUCACACUAACGACUUGUCGGGCACGUGUCAGUGUUCAACACGAUAUAGACACACGACACUUGGUUACCGAUUUUUGUUAUAGUUUGUAUUGGAAUCAGAAUGGUGUGGUUUUUCCUACUGUAUUUUGUAACUCAUGGUUGUCAUUAGUACUGAAUACAUUUGUUAUAGUUAGUAAUGAAAUGGUGUGGAAUUGAUUUGGAGUAUAUAGAAAUUAGGUACAAAGUCAUAGAUGCAACUGUAGUGUAUUGUGUUGUUUGUGUUUGAGUACAGUGAGUGAGAGGUAAGUCAAGAAGCUUACCCUACUAGAUUAUGAUGAGGUUGCAAAAUCUUUUGACUUUGGAUAAUACUCCACUACACAUGAUUCUCUAUGUUAGUAUUUAUUAAUUUGGAUC